AUGUUUAAGUCGAGUCUACGGAUAUACCCGGGACCCACUGAUCCGCCAGACGAUGUCGCCAACCUCUUCAUCCACAAUCUCCCGUUCAAUCUUUGCUCUCUCCUGCCGUCGCUUUGGCGACAGUUGGGGUCAACCGCUCAUUCGAUUGAGAUUUCGACAAGUUUGCCGAGCCCAGUCGGUUGGUCACGUAAGGCCUGGUUCUACAGCGCCAACCUGUUGCCAACACUGACCUGGCAGACAGACAGACAGACAGACAGACAGGCAGACAAACAAGCAUACGAUGCUGGCAAAGGGUUGUUGGCACCUGCUUCACCCACCUUCCACGAGCCUCCUUCUCGCCGCAGUCCCUUCUCGACGGUUGCGGCCGAGGGCGCUAGCUCGUCUGCUUGCAUGCCAUCCCGUUGCACUUUCCUUCUGCCCCCCGGCCCGGCAGCCCCACCCUUUGCCCGUCGCACUCUCCCGAGCCGCUCUCUCAAGACGCUCACAGUUGACCCAGCUGCCACUCCAAAUCGUGCACUCAUCCUUCGCCCUGCCAGUCGCCCCAUACCUUCACAUUUCACACCCCUAUUCCCACGUAUUAUCACACUCGCUUGCUCACAUACUCCCGUACUCCCAUACCCGCACACACCCUCACCUCCCCAUAGCCCUCGUGCUACAUUACCUCCUUCGUAUCCCCCAGCCUCUUCAUCGCUCUAA